GGGACUGAGCCAGCUCGGGGCCCCUCCCCGCCCACAGCCUGCUUUCAGGCAAGGCCGCCACAAUUCUCCUGCCACGUCCAGCACCUCCCACAACAGGGGCCGGCUUGUAGAGGAAGGACCUGUGGGGAAUGGCCGCGUGUCCGUGUCCAGAGGCCCAGGGUCGGAGCGGGACAAGGCCACGGUGCUGUGUGGGCUUGGCCUGGGGCCCACAGAGAAUGGAGCCCCCGCCCGCUGAGGCCUGGGAGGCCUAGAAGUCAUUCCCGCAAGCCGUCCGGCGCAGUCCUUAUCCGCUGAGAGGCAGGGCUGGUGCGGGGCCUCCCCCAGGGCUGUCAUGAGGGAAUGAAGAGUCCCCACGGAGCCUGGGGAGGCUGCGCUCCUGGGCUCCAUCCAGCCUGGCUUCCCCGCCAGCAGCAUGAGGGCUGUGCAUCACCCGGUGGCUUGGUGGCCAAGGGGGCCCCAUGCAGCAUGGAGGCCCUGGUCUGGGCCCCGAACACGGGCCCUGGCCUACAGCCCCCUCGCCGGGCCCGCCCAGCCACCGCUUCCAUCUCCCUGCUUCUCCUCAGGGCGCCGCACCCCAGGCGGGCAGCAGGCUUGGUUUCCCGAUGGAGGAGAGCUGCGUGCCCACGGCACCAUCCCCCAACCCAGCCGGCCAAGACGCCGGGCCCCAGCCCCACUCAUGGGCAUGGGGCUGGCAGGAGGACCCUGGGGCCGCGAGGCAGGCUUCGCAGUGGACACAGGGGCCCUGCCAGGAUCCUAUCCAGAGCUCGGCGGAGCUGGCCUCUCGGCCUGUUGGUCUUGGACAGCCCAGAGGAAGCCACAGGCGCCCAGGCGGGCAUGAAAGGGCUCUUUGACGGCUGGGUUGCUGGGACAUUAACACAGACGGCCGGCCAGGCAGGGAGCAUCCCUGAGACGGAGGAAGGACCUUGCCCUGUGCUACAAUCCCAGAGGGCUUCCUGAAGAAGGCAGCCUAGAUCUUUGUCCAGCAGAGCCCAUCUUCAGGGAAUAUUGAGGAUCCCGACCCGUGCACCUGCCCUAGCAGAAGACACUCCAGGCCAAGCCUCCAGAUGUGGCUGUGAGGGGAGUGGGCCCUGGCCAAGAUGGCAGCCCCCGCCCUGCUGCUCCUGGCACUGCUGCUGCCCGCGGGGGCCUGGCCCGGGCUGCCCAGGAGGCCCUGUGUGCACUGCUGCCGCCCGGCGUGGCCCCCUGGACCCUAUGCCCGGGUGAGUGACAGGGACCUGUGGAGGGGGCACCUGUGGAGGGGGCUGCCUCGAGUACGGCCCACUAUAGACAUCGAAAUCCUCAAAGGUGAGAAGGGUGAGGCCGGCGUCCGAGGUCGGGCCGGCAGGAGCGGGAAAGAGGGGCUGCCAGGCGCCCGGGGCCUGCAGGGCCGCAAAGGCCAGAAGGGGCAGGUGGGGCCGCCAGGCGCCGCGUGCCAACGUGCCUAUGCCGCCUUCUCCGUGGGCCGGCGCGAGGGCCUGCACAGCUCCGACCACUUCCAGGCAGUGCCCUUCGACACGGAGCUGGUGAACCUGGACGGCGCCUUCGACCUGGCCGGGGGCCGCUUCCUCUGCACGGUGCCCGGCGUCUACUUCCUCAGCCUCAACGUGCACACCUGGAACUACAAGGAGACCUACCUGCACGUCAUGCUGAACCGGCGGCCCGCGGCCGUGCUCUACGCGCAGCCCAGCGAGCGCAGCGUCAUGCAGGCCCAGAGCCUGAUGCUGCUGCUGGCCGCGGGCGACGCCGUCUGGGUGCGCAUGUUCCAGCGAGAUCGGGACAACGCCAUCUACGGCGAGCACGGAGACCUCUACAUCACCUUCAGCGGCCACCUGGUCAAGCCGGCCGCCGAGCUGUAG